UAUUUUAUUAGAAUGAGAAAUUAUUUCUUUUAAUUCAAUUAGAAUUGUUAUAUCUAUUUUAUUAGAUUGAAUAUCUUUAUUAUUUAUAAUAUUUGUAUUUUUGAUUUCUUCUGUUGUUAUUUAUUAUAGAAAAAGAUAUAUAAGUUCAGAAUUAAAUUUAAUGCGAUUUAUUAUUUUAGUUUUAUUAUUUGUUUUUUCUAUAAUAUUAUUAAUUAUUAGUCCUAAUAUUAUUAGAAUUUUAUUAGGUUGAGAUGGUUUAGGUUUAGUAUCUUAUUGUUUGGUAAUUUAUUAUCAAAAUUUAAAAUCUUAUAAUGCUGGUAUAUUAACUGCUUUAUCUAAUCGUAUUGGUGAUGUUCUUAUUUUAAUAGUGAUUUCUUGAAUAUUAAAUUAUGGUAGAUGAAAUUAUAUUUUUUAUUUAGAAUUCAUAAAUAAUGAUUGACAAAUAAAAUUUGUAAGAAGAAUAAUUAUUAUGGCUGCUAUAACUAAAAGAGCUCAAAUUCCUUUUAGAUCUUGAUUACCUGCAGCAAUAGCAGCUCCAACUCCUGUUUCAGCUUUAGUUCAUUCAUCAACUUUAGUUACUGCUGGAGUUUAUUUAUUAAUUCGAUUUAAUAUAUUAUUAUUAGAUACUUUUUUUUUAAAAAUAUUAUUGUUAUUAUCUGGAUUAACUAUAUUUAUAGCUGGUAUUUCUGCUAAUUAUGAGUUUGAUUUAAAAAAAAUUAUUGCUUUAUCUACUUUAAGACAAUUAGGUUUAAUAAUAAGAAUUUUAAGAAUAGGAAUACCUGAUUUAGCUUUUUUUCAUUUAUUAACUCAUGCAAUAUUUAAAGCUUUAUUAUUUAUAUGUGCAGGUGUAAUUAUUCAUUUAAUAAAUGAUAUACAAGAUAUUCGAUUUAUAGGGGGAAUUUCUAUAUAUAUUCCUUUAACUACAUUAUGUAUAAAUAUUUCUAAUAUGGCUUUAUGUGGAAUUCCUUUUUUAGCUGGGUUUUAUUCUAAGGAUUUAAUUUUAGAAAUAGUUAAUUUUAGAACAUUUAAUUUAAGAAUUUUUUUUUUAUUUUAUUUAUCAACAGGGUUAACAAUAUUUUAUAGAUUUCGUUUAGUUAUAUAUUUAAUAAUUAAUGAUUAUAAUUUAAUAAGAAUUUAUAAUUUAUAUGAUGAAGAUUAUAUUAUAUUGAAAAGAAUAUUUAUUUUAUUAUUUAUAAGAAUUAUUAGAGGAAGUUUUUUAAAUUGAAUAAUUUUUCCUUAUCCUUAUAUGAUUUAUUUACCUUUUAACAUAAAAAUAAUAGUAAUUUAUGUUAGAUUAAUUGGAGGUGUAUUUGGUUAUUUAGUUAGAAAUAUAAAUAUUUAUUCAGUAAAUAAAUUUAUUAUAACUUAUAAUUUAAGAAAUUUUUUAGGGAUAAUAUGAUUUAUACCUAAUUUAUCUACUUAUGGUUUAAAUUAUUAUUUUCUUAAGUUUAGACAAAAUUUAGUAAAAAAUAUUGAUCUAGGUUGAAGAGAAAUUUAUAGAGGGUUUGGUAUAAUAUCUAUUAUAAAAAAAAAUUCUGUAUUUUAUAAUAUUUAUCAAAUAAAUAAUUUUAAAAUUUAUUUAUUUAGAUUUGUUAUUUGAAUAGUAAUUAUUUUAUUUAUAAUAUUAUUUAAUAUUUAAAUUUAAAUAGCUUAUAAAAUAGAGCAUAAUAUUGAAGAUAUUAAGGAGAUAUAUUUAUCUUUAAAUAUUUAUAAAAAAAAAUAUUUUUAUUUUUACAAUGAAAAUGUAAGGUUUUAAAUAAACUAUAUAAAUAAGAAAUAUUAAUGGAAUUUAACCACUAAAAAUUAAGUUAGCAGCUUAAUUUUAAACUUUAUAUUUCUAUUUAAUUGGAAUAUUUAUUCAAUAAUAUCAUUAACAGUGAUAUACCUCUAUUUUGGUUUCAAUUAAGAAGAAGUAAAUAUAUAAUUAUAUUUUUAAAUAAGGAGUUAUUAAUUAACUCUUUCUUUUAAGUCGAAAUUAAAUGCAAUAUUGCUUCUUAUUUUAAGAUAAAUUAUUUUUAUAUAAUAUUUUUUGAUUGCAAAUCAAAGGUUUUAAGUUAAACUAUAAUCCUAAUUUGUUCAAUUUAAUAUAUUUUGAUUUCAUUCAUGAUAUAAUCCAAUUAAUAAAAUUAAAAUAAAAAAGAAACUGAUUUUUGUUCAUAAAAAAAAGUUUACUAAUUUAAAUAAUUUAAUGAUGGGAAAAAUAAGAGCAAUUUCUACAUCAAAAAUUAGAAAGAUUACAGUAAUUAGAAAAAAAUGUAAAGAAAAUGGAAUUCGAGCAGAUGAUUUAGGGUCAAAUCCACAUUCAAAUGGGGAACAUUUUUCUCGAUCUAUAUAAGUUUUUUUAGAAAUAAUAAUAGAUAAAAAUAUUAUAAUAUUGGAAAUUAUUAUGAUAAUUGUGAAAAUAUUUAAUAUUAAAAUAAUUAUUUAUAUUAAAAAUUUUUAAACUUUUUGAUUGGAAGUCAAAUAUACUAAAUAUAUUAUAUAAAUAAUUAAUUUCCUCAUCAAUAAAUAGAAAUGUAAAGGAAUAAUCAAACUACGUCUACAAAGUGUCAAUAUCAUGCUGCUGCUUCAAAUCCAAAAUGAUGAUUAUUUGAAAAAUGAUUGUUAAUAUGUCGAAUUAAACAAAUUAAUAGAAAUAAUGUUCCAAUAAUAACAUGAAGUCCGUGGAAUCCUGUUGCUAUAAAAAAUGUUGAUCCAUAAAUUCUAUCAGCAAUAGUGAAUGGAGCUUCAAAAUAUUCAUAAGCUUGUAAAAUAGUAAAAUAAAUUCCUAAAAUAAUUGUAAUAAAUAAACCUUGGGUUAUUUGUGAAUUAUUAUUUUCUAUAAUAGCAUGAUGAGCUCAUGUGACUGAUACUCCUGAUCUAAUUAAAAUAAUAGUAUUUAAUAAGGGAAUUUGAAAUGGAUUAAAAGGAGUAAUUCUAGUAGGGGGUCAAAUUGUUCCAAUUUCAAUAUUAGGGGCAAGUCUUCUAUGAAAGAAAGCUCAAAAAAAAGAUACAAAAAAAAAAAUUUCAGAGACAAUAAAUAAAAUUAUACCUCAUCGAAGACCUUUUGUUACUAAUAUAGUAUGUUUACCUUGAAGUGUUCCUUCUCGACAUACAUCUCGUCAUCAUUGAUAUAUUGUUAAAAUAACAAUUAAAUAUCCUAAAAUUAAUAAAUUUAUAUUAAAAUUAUGAAAUCAUUUUACUAUUCCAGUAACUAAAACUAUAACUCCAAUAGCUCCAGUUAAAGGUCAAGGUCUAUAAUCUACUAAGUGAAAAGGAUGGUUAGAAUUUUUCAUUAAUUUACUUCACUAGAAUAUAAUGUACUUAAAAUUGCAAUUACAUAAGAUUGAAUAACCGCAACUGCUGAUUCUAAAAUUAAUAAUAAAAUUUGAAUUAUAACAAGAAUUACAAUAAAAUAUGAUCUUAUAUUACAUCCAUUAUUUCUUAAAAGGGUUAUUAGUAAAUGUCCAGCAAUUAUAUUAGCUGUUAAUCGUACAGCUAAAGUUCCAGGUCGAAUAAUAUUUCUAAUAGUUUCAAUUAAUACUAUAAAUGGUAUUAAAAUAGAAGGUGUUCCUUGAGGAAUUAUAUGGAUAAAUAUAUGUUGAGAA